UGUGGGUGUUAUAAAAAACAAACAAACCCUCCAGCAACAUGGUACAUAAGACUCCUAUAUUAGUGACAGAUAAGGCAGGAGAAAAACAGAAAGCAAAUUCUACAAUUCGGAGCAGCUGUUCCCCAGAACGGAAAAGCAGCUCAAGAUAUUUGGAUACACCAGUCUUGUUGUCUCUUCUGUGAUCCUUCCCCACCAACAUGCAGGAACUCCUGGGAUUUUUGCUCUUCUCAGUUUUAAUACAGACAGGCACUUCUCUGGAAUGUGAAGUCUGCAGUGGCCUCGGCAGCAGCUGUGUUGGCAGGAUGGAGAACUGUGACACUGGCCAAGACACCUGUGUCAUUGCCUACACGGAAACCUCAUUAGGUGAAGUGACAACACAGACAGUCUCAAAGAGCUGUGCAUCCUCAAGUGUCUGCAACAGCCCCCCAACGUACAUGAAUUUUGGGCAGGGGAAAUACGUUCGGUCCCACAUCACCUGUUGCGCAGGAGAUGCUUGCAGGACAGUAUCUCCUCAACUGCCACCAGCAUUGGACAAACCUAAUGGCAAGCAAUGCCCAGGCUGCUACUCUUUCUUACCCGGUGGUUGUGAAACAGAGACUGUGGAUUGCAUUGGAACCGAGGACUACUGCCUUGAAAUGGAGGAGAAAGUCACAUAUGGUAAAUUCACCUUCAACGUUGUCAUGAAUGGCUGUGCUUCCCAACCCGCCUGUGCUGCAAAAGUGGGCAAAUCAGCUACUGCAGGGGUUUAUACUGAUAUUACGAAAGCGGAGUGCACACCAGCUCCCAUUUCAGCUUGAAUGAAUCAUCAGCCACCUGACUUCCUCCUCACUAUUGAUCCUUAUUAGAGACUGUGUUAUAUUCUUCCCGUACUAGGUAGCAAGGAUAUUGCUUCUAAGAAGAUAAGAAGAGCCCCACUGAAUUAGACCAAAAGCCUAGGGAGAUGCCACAAGUUGUUCCCUCUGUGUUUGAAUUCUUUUCUAAUGUAAUUUCCUCCCAAAGAGGACAUUGACUGCUGCUUUGUGAUGACCAAUAAAAACUAGCUAAAGAGCAA